GUAAUGAUCUCCGCGACCUUCGAUUCUCAUUGACACCUCACCCACUCCUCAACGGAAAAAAUUAGGAAACUACAUUUGCAACCAAAACAACUCAAAUACACCGGACGUGUUAAAUAGAGUGUUGUUUAUAAGCGUAGACCGACGUACGCUGGAUAUUUGGGCGAUACUGAACGUUUACAAGGAAUUGUCAAAGUUACAACCCUAUGGUGAACCAAGGAACUGAUAACCUGCUAAUGCAGGAAAGAGCUGUUUUGCGCAAUACAGACGUUUCUGGAGGACCCAUAUUAAGCGGAAUAAACACGUUGAAUGGGAAACAGUCGACAAUUGUUCAAGGCCAGCAGUCGCAUCUUCCGCAAUUGCAACAGCCACAAGAUUCCGACCGUGAACGAAGCGUUCCUCGUUCCUACUCGCAAUCGUCUAGCGUUUUGACGCCGAAUAACGCAUCUGCUCUUAUUACGAGUUCGUCUACUUUGCCGCAAACAAGAAGGGUGAACCAGUUCAGUAACAAGUUGUACAACAUGGUGAAUGAGCCAUCUACGAACAAUCUAAUCUGUUGGAGCGAACGUGGGGAUUCUUUUCUCGUUUUGGGACAUGAAGAUUUUGCCAAGACAGUUUUACCUCGAUAUUUCAAGCAUAAAAAUUUCUCUAGUUUUGUGCGUCAGCUCAACAUGUAUGGAUUCCACAAGGUGCCGCAUAUUCAGCAAGGAGUAUUGCAGUCAGACAGUCCGAACGAGUUGUUGGAGUUUUCUAAUCCCAACUUUCUUCGUGACCAGCCUGAGCUUCUUUGCCUGGUAACGCGUAAGAAAGGAGGUGCUCAACCUUCGGAAGAAACUACGUCUUCUUCUCUUGACCUGUCGAAUAUCAUGGCGGAGCUGCAAAACAUUAAAGAAAGUCAGGCGGUCUUGUCAAAUGAACUACAUCGAAUUCGCCUUGACAACACAAUUUUAUGGCAGGAAAACUUGGAGAACAAGGAGCGUCAACGUAGGCAUCAGGAAACGAUAGACAAGAUACUGCGGUUUCUUGCAAGUGUAUACUUAGAAGGAAAACCAAAACCAACUACCCAAGUCUUACCUAAGAACCGUCGGCUUCUCUUAGAGGCUAAAGUCCCGUCUUCUAUGUCCAAACACUCUCCCAGUAAUUUAUCCACUGCUUCGAAGCACACCGCAUCGCCUCAAGUUGAAAGAGAUACGCCACAGCGCCGUAGCGUAUCUAACUCGAAUGUUUCGCUCUCCACAAUCGCCUCUAGCGCUAGCUCAUCCGACUUGUUGAAUGUUAAUAAAAAAGAAGUUGGUGCUGAUGUUUCGAACAUUGCUAAUUCUGGAAGCUUAAUAUCGUCAAAGCUUCGAUCUGCUCACGUCUCGCCGCUUUUGUCAAACUCAGAGGAAGGCAUGGCUUCGUAUCGUCCUCCUGGAAAUCCAUCAAACCUUGCGAAUGGUUCUGCCGUUUUUGACUCGCUCUCCAUGCCCACCGAUCCGCCAGCAACAGAAGAGACUCCAAACGAGGUGUAUCUCCAGGAUUCGUCAAUAAAGCCUGUGGAUCCUGGUAUUGUUUCUGUACCGAACAACCUCAGAUCUUUGUUCCCUUACGGAACGCGGGACUCUGACUUGCAGAACAACGUACCUUCAUCAUCAAACCCCGUGACGCCCGAGUUUUGUAACGAUGAAGAUUUACCUAAAUCAGCAACUGCACGGAAUGGCGACACGUCUCUCGCCUUUCCCUCUGCACUUGACUUUGGUAAUUACAAUCCUAAUAAUUUCCGUGCCAGCGAUGCUCGAAGCAUCGCUAUGAGUCAUCCAGACUACGCUGCUGACCAAGAGCGGUUCCGCAGUUUAUCGGACGGGAUUGCUAAACAAGACCAGAAUAUUCAAGCCUUGGCUGAUAUGCUAGGUAUUCCCCUCGAUGAGACAGCUCCUGAUCCCGAUGUCAUAUUUUCUACUUCACCUUCGACAACAAACUUCCCAUCGCAAUCACCUGCCGCUAUCGAGUCGCUCUUGGGUGCGAAUGAUGAUGUAUUCCGUGACAACAAUCCCGUUUUCGACGAAUUCACUACCAUUUCGAACAUGGAUCAUUCCGAACAUGAUUCAUCUACCCAGAUGUACGGUAGCAGCCAGCCUACUACCUUUCCGCCGCUUAAAGUAUCAUCGUCUAUGCAGCCACAGCUUAGUAAUGGCGCUGUUCAUCCUCAACAACAGAAUGACAUUGAUACGGACACUCUAGAAACCUUAAUUCCGAAUCCGAUCCGAAAGAAACGGAAGUCAAGCGUGAGUGCUUGAUGUGUAAUCUUUCCUGGUUUCAAUACCAAAGGUUGUAUGAGUGUGUUUCAGGCGUCUAAUUUGUUUUGUCGAUGUUCAGUCAUCUUUGGGCUGUGACGGUUUCAUUGAGCAAACCAAUUUUUGUUCGUUGACGAUAGAACUUGUUGUUUCAUGAUUUAAAUCUUUAUGGUUAAAUUGUCAUCUGGCAAUUUACGUUUGAUGAGCAUUGUUUUAGGAAAAUUUAAAAAGGGGAAAAGGGAAACUACUAAUAUUAUCUUCAUUUAUGUUUGCUUACGAAUUAGUACUGUAAAAGGAUGCAAUGUACCUGCAUAUGAACGCGUAAUUGUUGCUUACAUUGUUAGCAACAAAAAGCAGGACAAUCAUCGCAUACGACAAAAAGGACAGUGACAGAGGAAAUGUAUAAUGAAAAAGCCAAUGGUAUAUAGAAUUGCAAAGAUUGUA